CGAAGGAGAAAGAUAACGAAAAAAAGCCAUGACAAUUACUCUACUUGCUCUUCAUCCUCCAUUUACUUCCCCUCCCAAACAAUCAUCAUUCUCUCAGUCUCCUCAGAUUCAAAUCCCUAACCCUAAACCCAAACCUUUUCUCUUCUCAAACCUUAUCUCUUUAGCCCUCACGUUGACCAUAAACUCCCCACUUCCUUCCUUAGCCAUCCCUUCUCUCAACUCCCUGUCUUCCCCUCAAGCCCCUCUCACCACCACCCCUUUCACUGAGUCCAAGUUCUUGCAGCUUGGGCUUGAAGAUGGGAAAAUUAGGCCUUGUCCAUCAACAAAUCCUGGUUGUAUUUCAACAAAUGCAAAGUCAUCAUCUUUUGCUUUCCCAUGGAUUGUACCUGGGAGUUCUCAAGAGAAUGCAGUUCAGGAACUGCAGGAAGCAAUUCUCAAAACUCAGAAGAAUGCCAAGAUUGUGGUUGUUGAAGAUACCCCAAAUGGGAAAUAUAUGCAAGCUGAGGUAGAUGGAAGGUUUGGUCCGGAUGUGAUGGAGUUCUUAGUGAAAGGGGAUGCUGUUACAUACAGGUCAAUGGCCAUGAAAGUGACCUAUAUUUACCCUUUCACAACCGCGAUCGGCGACUCGAAAGGACAAGAAGAGAGGUUGAAGAAGAUCAGUGACCAGUUAGGGUGGUAUGCUCCAAGUUUUGAUUCCAUGGAAUAGGCUUCUUUUACCAUGUAAGAACCAU